AUGAAAGGUAAAAUGACUGAAUGUUUUAAAGUAAUGCAUGGGACUAAUGAAGGAAAAUUAUUAUUUAACAAAUACCGCGAUGUGUCAAGUAUUUCUGGAUGUAAGCCCAUCGGAGUCAAGCACAUUAUAUUGUUGAACACACUUAUUAGUUCCUGUUCAAAAAUUAAAAAGGGUCGUAAAAUGGUGGAGGCGCGAAAUGUUGGAAACCAACUUUUCCUAAAAAGCAUUUUUAUUUUCCCUGAACGUAACUUUAUUAGCACGACAAAGUGUUUUACUCGAAAUAUUGAGGCUUAUACUUGGGUCGUAGGCAUUAAAGUACAAGUCAUAAGCAAAUUACGACGAUUGGCUGACCAGUUACGUGAAAAGUCAUUUAUCCAAUCAAAAGAACCCUACUAUAAUAUGUGCAAGGAGCAAGUUUUAUUUAAAAAAAGGAGGCAAACAGUGGUCGGUUUGAUUAUUAUUAUUUUAAUUGCUUACGCCAUCUCAAAGAUCAUAGUCCUGAACAAUACAUUGUACGAUAUUCAAGUGCAGUCGUUAGUACUUGCAUUAUCACUGAAUUCAUGCAUUCACCUUCGCCAAAUAUCAACGCGCAGUAUUGCUGUCCAUUUUAAAAAUGGUGUAAGUCGGACUGAUUUAUUGAUAUCAUUAUGA